UUAAUGUUCAUAGGUAUUAUUUCAAUUGGUCACUGAAGAAGAGUAUUUAUCUUCAUUCAGCACUAAGGACAAAAUACAUGGACUUUUACAAUCUUUAUAAGGGGAAAGGUUGCUUAGUAGACUUCAGGUUUAAUGGUGAAGACUAGAAAAUAAUCAUACCUAGGAGGCUAGUAAGUAACAACCCUCAAAGCUUAUCAUUAAAGGUCAAGUACCUGUUGAAAUCCCGCCCCCACCCAAUGACUCUUCCCACUGUGCCUACUGCCUCUGAUUUUAACCCAUUAAAAGAAUAAAGCUGGAGAGAGCGAGAGUACGAAGCGCGGCAACCCGAGUCAUGGCAGGACAGGCAUUUAGAAAGUUUCUUCCCCUCUUUGACCGAGUAUUAGUUGAAAGAAGUGCACCCGAAGUUGUAACCAAAGGAGGCAUUAUGCUUCCAGAAAAAUCGCAAGGAAAAGUAUUGCAAGCAAUGGUAGUAGCUGUUGGAUCAGGCUCUAAAGGAAAGGGUGGAGAGAUUCAACCAGUUAGUGUGAAAGUUGGAGAUAAAGUUCUUCUCCCAGAAUAUGGAGGCACCAAAGUAGUUCUAGAUGACAAGGAUUCUUUCUUAUUUAGAGAUGGUGACGUUCUUGGAAAAUAUGUCGACUAAAAUAAGUCACUAUUGAAAUGGCAUCACGUGAAGCUGCCCGUUCCCCCAAUGGCAUCACGUGAAGCUGCCACUGAAGUUCUGAAAUCUUUCAUCCUGUAAAUAAUUUCCGUGUUUCUUUUAUAAUAAAGUAAUGAUAUCCAAACUAAUGAUAUUCAGUGUCUCUGAAAUUUAGUUUUCUCUGUAUUGAUUUAAACAUU